CCUGUCUUGAGAUGUAUUCGUUGUGAAUUAACUUCUUUCGGUGCAAGUUAAUUUCCUGGAGUGAAGGUAGUAAUCCGGUUUAUGACAUCUGACGGUUCCUGAAAUCCAGAAAGCAGUCAGUGGUUAAUGUUUGACGGAGGGAAGGGAGAGGCUGCUGGGGAAGCUGAGCAGGGCAGACGGCGUGCUCCUCCGGGGAGAACCGUAAGUCCCGCAAGUGUCUCAACAGCUGAAUGGUGAUUUACUCCCAGAAAGGAGAUUGAAUAAAAGGAAACCAUGAUGGCCCAAGCCCAUCUGCACAGCUUGUGUCUCCUCACACUUUAUUUGACGACCGGGCAUGGCCUGGAGGGGAAGUUCAGUGGGCCCCUGAAGCCCAUGACGUUCUCCAUUUUCGAAGGCCAGGAACCCAGUCAGAUCAUAUUCCAGUUCAAGGCCAGUCCUCCUGCUGUGACUUUCAAACUCAGCGGGGAGACAGAUGGAAUAUUUGAGAUACAACCAGAUGGGCUUCUAUAUCACAACAAAGCUCUGGACAGGGAAACAAGGGCUGUUCACAAACUCCAGGUCUCAGCCUUGGAUGCUCACGGAAAUACAGUGGAGGGUCCGGUCCCCAUCACAGUAGAAGUGAAGGACAUCAAUGACAACCGACCCACGUUUAUCCAGUCAAAAUACGAAGGCUCAGUAAGGCAGAAUUCUCGCCCAGGAAAGCCUUUCAUGUAUGUCAAUGCUACAGACCUGGAUGAUCCAGACACUCCCAAUGGCCAGCUUUUUUAUCAGAUUGUCAUGCAGCUUCCCAAGAUCAACAAUGUCAUGUACUUUCAGAUAAACAACAAAACAGGGGAAAUAUCACUUACCUUUGCAGGAUCGAAGGAACUGGAUCCCAGUAAGAACCCUUUCUAUAAUCUGGUGGUCUCAGUGAAGGACAUGGGAGGCCAGACUGAGAAUUCCUUCAGUGACAGCACAUCUGUGGAUAUCACGGUGAAAGAGAAUAUUUGGAAAGCACCCCAACCUGUGGAGAUUGUAGAAAACUCAACUGAUCCUCACCCCAUGAAAAUCACUCAGCGCCUGUCUCCCCUCUUCAUUCACAUGCUCCCCCUUCCCACCUCUGUGACUGAAGCUGACUGGAGCGGUAUUGGGACACUGGUUGCCCACGACAUGGAUGAAGAAAACACUGUCAACAGUGUUCUACAUUACAAAAUUGUGGAUCAGUUCCCUAAGUUUCCCAAAGAUGGACUCUUCCUCAUCCAGAGCUUCACGGGGCUGUUCCAGUUAGCCGAGCAGUCCUUAAAGAAGCAAGAUGCUGCCCAGUACCUCUUGACCGUGGAGGUGUCUGACAAAGAUUUCCACACCCUCUGUCAAGUGAAAAUCAACGUUAUUGAUAUCAACGAUCAGAUCCCCAUCUUUGAAAAGUCAGAUUACGGGAACCUAACUCUUGCCGAAGACACAGCCGUUGGGUCCACCAUCUUGACCAUCCAGGCCACAGAUGCUGAUGAGCCGUUUACUGGGAGUUCUAAAAUCCUGUAUCGAAUUACACAGGGAGAUGAUGAGGGGCGACUGGGGAUUGACACCGAUCCCCAAAACAACACUGGAUAUGUCAUAAUUAAAAAGCCUCUUGAUUUUGAAACAACAGCCAUUCACAACAUCGUGUUCCAAGCGGAAAAUCCGGAGCCUCUGGUGUCCGGUGUUCAGUACAAUGCCAGCUCGUUCGCCACGUUCACCCUUUUUGUGACAAAUGUGAACGAAGCCCCUCAAUUUCCCCAGCACAUAUUCCAAGCAAAAGUCAGCGAAGACGUGGCCAUAGGCACCAAAGUGGGCAACAUGACUGCCAAGGACCCGGAAGGUCUGGACAUAAGUUAUUCCCUGAGAGGCGACACAAGAGGCUGGCUGAGAAUUGACCCUGCCACUGGCGAGAUCUUCAGUGCGGCUCCACUGGACAGGGAAGCUGAAAGUCUGUAUCGCGUACAAGUGGUGGCCACUGAAGUAGGUGGGUCCUCCCUGAGCACCGCAGCGGGGUUCAACCUGGCUCUGACCGACGUGAAUGACAACCCCCCACGGCUGGCGAAGGAGUACACGGGCUUGUUCUUCUGCCACCCGCUCAGCGCGCCCGGAAGCCACAUCAUCCAGGCCACGGACGAUGAUCUGCAGUCAUUUCGGGGCCCACAGUUUACAUUUGCCCUUGGCAGCGAAAGCUUACAGAACGACUGGGAAAUUUCCAAAAUCAAUGGCACUCAUGCCAGACUCUCCACCAAACACACCCGCUUCGAGGAGAGAGUUUAUAACGUCCCAAUCCGCAUCAACGAUGGAGGCCGGCCACCCUUGGAGGGGACUGUCUCUUUACCAGUCACUUUCUGCUCGUGUGUGGAAGGAAGGUGUUUCCGGCCAGUAGGUCAUAUGCCUGGGAUACCUACCGUGGGCUCGACCGUUGGCAUACUCCUGACCACAUUUUUGGUCAUUGGUGUAAUUUUAACAGUUGUAUUUAUACGAAUGAAGAAGAAUAAAGGCAAAGAUAAUGUUGAAAGUGCUCAGGGAUCUGAAGCCACACCUCUGAGAAACUGAAUUUGAAAAGAAAUAUUUGUACCAAGUGCCAUUUGGAGAACACCACCAUUUAAUCCCAUAAUUUUUGCUUUUCAUCCAACAUAUGCACUGUAAUUUUUUACAGAUAUGCCUUCUUGCCCUUUAAUAUUUUAUUACUUUUAGGUAUUAUCUGUGCUAUAGACAUCAGAGAUAUUUUCUAUUUUCUCAUGACACUUUCCCCCCUGCAAAAGCCUUAGCUAUUUAUCCCAAAACAAAAUAUAUGUGUUUUUCCCCA